GGGAGACAUAUACGAAUAACUCACAUACCCGCAAACCUGCCUUUAGUACCUCGUACAGCCCAUGGGGUCAACCAUCUACCGAGGAGGAUCGAAAAUGGAAAGAUUAUUUCAUCUGGUAUAGGAUGAUACAUACAAACAAAAUAACGGCAGCCGAAAAGACCAGAUCUGCACUAGAAGCCGAAAUCCAAAAGCUCGAUACAGACGACAAGUUAGAUGCCGAGAAACUACGGUACGGCUGGAUCAGAGAUGCAACGACUCCGCGAACGCUCACUGAAGAAGAGAGGGCGAAGAUAGCCACUGCGAGGGUCCAUCGGGCAGCCACGAGGAGGAUCAAGAUUGUAUGGCUAAACAGGACACGCAAUGUGCUUGAGGAGCUCAAGAGCGUCCUGAAGCAGCAACAAGAAGAAGAAAGCGCUAGGCGCAAUCAGCAGGACGCGGAGAUGCAACGACAGUGGGACGAGGAGAUGCAACGACAAUGGGACGAAGCAGUAAAGAGGAGGCAGGCGCGUCAAGAGACCGAGAGGCAAAAGCAGCAAAAGAAAUCCGAUGAAGCGGCCGCGCGGUGGCGGCGAGAGUGGCAUGAGUUCCUAGCACAGCAGGACAGACGGGAAAAAGCAUGGGAGCGGGCGAAAGAAGAGGCGGAGGAAGAAGCGAGGAAGCAACGGGAACAAAAGCUGGCAAAAGAGAAACUGGAUCUGGAAAGGGCGGCUGAAUAAGCAAUAAAGCGCUGCAAAGAGGAAAUAGCCGAGAAAAAAGUCCGAGAAACGAUGGCCAAGGAAGCAAAGAAACAGAGAGAACGGGAUGCGGAGCUGCGUCGGAAAGCCUAAGAGAAAGAGGUUGAAGACGACUGGAGAGAACCAAAUCAGAGCUAGGAGCCUCGAGCGCAAAAACAAAGCGAGAAACGGAGGAUGCAAAAGCUCGAGAGAAAGCACCAUCCAGUGGUAAAUUCCCAUAAGUGUACCCGCUGUGGCAGCAUUGCCUGCUCUUACAGCUGCGUGACAACGCUCAGAGCUGAAACGUACUUGCGUCCUGAGAUGGAAGACUGCUGGGAGAAUUAGAAAGAGCAUGUUGCAACACUGAUUAUUACCAUGAUGGUUACAGCUGGAUGAGAUCAUAAGCGGAAUGCAACUUUCUGGAGUUUGAGGAGAUCAACUAAGAACGGCUACCCUGGAA